AUGGUUCUUCACAACCCCAAUAACUGGCACUGGGUGAACAAGGAUGCCUCCGCCUGGGCCAAGGACUACCUGCAGGAGAAUCUCUCUACCAUCUCCGCUGAGGAGGAUGGCGUGACUGCCAAGGUUGAGAAGGUCCUUAGCAUGGAUGGAGAUGUAGAUGUGAGCCAGCGGAAGGGAAAGGUUAUCACGUUAUUCGAUGUUAAGCUACAAUUGGAGUACGAAGGUAAGACGAAAGAAGGCGAGGCCGUCAGUGGCACCAUCAACAUUCCCGAGGUCGCUCACGACACCGAGGAGAAUGAGUACGUCUUCGACAUCGACAUCUAUUCCGAGUCUUCUUCCAAGCAGCCUGUGAAGGAUCUCGUUCGUGCGAAGAUUGUCCCCCAGCUGCGAACGGCGCUUGCCAAGCUUGGGCCUGCUCUGAUCACUGAGCAUGGCAAGGACCUUCAGCAUGCGCCCGGCUCCAACCCAUCCAGCGGAUUCGCGACUCCUACCUACAUCCCUCAGACGAAGAAGGCUGCUACUCCUGAGCCUCCCAAGACUACCACCACCAGUACUGGUAAGGUGUCGGUAAACACGACAACUCUGAACACUUCGGACGAGUUCCGCACCACUGCAGAGGAGCUGUACACCACGUUCACAGACCCGCAGCGUAUUGCUGCGUUCACCCGUGGCCCUCCCCGUCAGUUUGAGGGCGCGCAUGUUGGAGGCAAGUUCUCUAUCUUCGACGGCAACGUCAGCGGCGAGUACGUGAAGCUGGAGAAGCCGACGUUGAUCGUGCAGAAGUGGCGUCUGGCUCAGUGGCCUGAAGGUCACUACAGCACUCUGGAGAUCAAGUUCGACCAGAACGAUGUUGAUCGGGUCACCAACAUGCGGGUCUCUUGGACUGGUGUCCCCAUCGGCCAGGAGGAGGUCACCAAGCACAACUGGGAUGGCUACUAUGUGCGCAGCAUCAAGCAGACCUUCGGGUUUGGCACGAUUCUCUGAGCGACUUCAUCUGCAUGGAUAUAAAUCUCCCCAAAGGCUUCAGUAGACUUUGGCUGUUCUCCUUCACGAUACGAAGCUUGUACCAAAUAGCCAUCCAAGCAGUGACGGGCGUUGGUUGGGGAUGUUCGUUCUUGCUUCCUUUUUCCUUUCCUUGGGGAUCCGAUUCGGUUGGGGCUUGAUUGCUUAUUACAUCUGUAUCCCUGAUCCUUACACAACCAUAUUACAGCAUGGCCUUGCAUCAGUGUGUACUUCCUGAUUGCUUGUGUCCUUUUCUACGAUGAAUGAUAGACAAAAGAUAAGAAAAUAUAAUGAAAGACAUUAAGAUCUGAUACACUUUUCGAAUUCAAACUGCAUGUUCCUUUUUCCUGUAGAGUCGACCCGCCAAAUGAGCGCUUGCUUUUAUAGAAACGUUUGCAACUUCCCGCU